CGAUUGCACGAAGGUAAAAGCUACAUGUAAACUUUAAUCUUCAUUUUAGUUCCGUGCUCUCGCUGUUUGCCGUCUUUUCAUGAUAUCGUUUACAGACGGAUAAUCACGUCUUACAUGCUGCAAAUCUGAAAGAACCUAGUUGCACUGGGAUAUAUUGCAGAGACUGUCCUUAAUGUUGAAUAAUGGAUACUGGAUAUAAAGAUGAAGCUAUUCUGAAACUUCAGAGUGAACUAGACAAACUCAAAGAGGUUUAUAAAUCUUCUGCAGAUUCUUACAACUGGGGGAAAAGUGAAAAAGUUUGUCGAUGCACUGACCAGGAGUUUGAUGAUCUUCUGAAGACUCUGUCAGCCAAUGAGUUGGAGGCUGCCACCCUCAUUCUUCAAAGGCACUUAGAUUUAGAGCAACAAAUAUCAAAAUGUUUAGAAAACUUGAAAGCAGUGCAAAGUGGAUGGGAUGGCAAAAAUGUUGAUGUCACUCAAAAAAUUAUCACAAGUCAAAGUAAAGUGGCAAGAUUGAGAAGCCGAUUCCUUCGCUGCAUCACUCAGCAACUUCAGAAGAAUGGAUCUAUAGCAUCUGAGCUCCCUCCCUGGUCUGCAGGAGACCAUAACAUCAGUAAAACAAUGGAGGAAACUAAUAAAGCAGAACCAGAGAAACACGUUCCAGCACUGGUGAACAGUGGAGAGCAUUCACAAAUGCCUGUCUGUAACAACACAACUGCUGAGAUAACAACAGAGGUGGAAGCAUCCCAGGUUAUCAAUCUAGUGUACUCAAAUGUCGAAGAUGUUCGAGAUCCAGCUACUGCUACCACUCAACAAAAUCUUCAAGUACAUGCACAGGGUGAUCAAACAUUUCUCACUGAGCCUGGCAUCAACGUUUUGGCUUCGAAGGAAAGUGAACAAAAUGAAAAUGAUUUAUAUGAAACAAUUUUUCCAAGCCAACCUUCACGGCCAGCACCUCCAAAGCCCCCACCAUAUUCCUCGUCGAAGAAGUUGAGAGACACAGCUGGGGGGAGUGGUAGCGAGAAGGUGUCAGAAAAGGGUGAAAAACCUGCAGACAAGCAGUUGUCUAUUUAUGCUAAUCAGGGAGAAGAUGAGCCAGAUGCUUUGGUUGUAGAGCAACAACACUUACAAAACUGGGAUCCUACGCCAGUCCUCCAGGAGUUGUUUGGCAAUGUGCGUCCACUUCCCACCCCUCCACUGCGGACCAUGGACGCCAGUGUUGAUAAUAUUCGCAUGGCGGGAUAUAUGGAGAAACAGCCUGUGAGGGGAAGCAUGAAAAGGACUUCUGUCUUCAAGGCUUGGAAGAAGCGGCAUUUUAAAGCUGUGGAAGGCAAACUUUAUUACUAUGAGGAUCAUCGGACCAUGGAAUCCUUAGGGUUUGUAAACCUGGUCGGUUGUAAAGUGAAAAAGGUUGAAGAUAAAGUGCUGGAAGUAGUUGAACAGAAUGAAGGCGGCCGCUCAGUGAAGCUGAAGUGUUUCUCUGUCAAAGAAGCGGAGGACUGGCGAGAGGCACUAGAGGCUGAGUCUGCAGUACCAGUAGACAGCAGUCCUGUACCAGGAGAGUCUCCAGUCACUGAGGGCAUGACUAUCAUAAUCGACUUAGGAUCAAGUGCAGUCAAAGCUGGCUUUGCCCUGGAAGAUGCGUGGCCUCAAGUUAUAUUCCCAUGCGUUAUUGCUGUGGAUAAAGAAAAUGAGGAAAAUUGCAAAUAUGGACACGCUGCUCUUCUUCCAGAAACAAGAAAGAUGUCGAGAUUGUGCUUCCCGUUAAGAAAAUCACUCAAAAUCGACAAGCUCAAGUUCGAGAUUCUUGAUUUAAUUGGAAUCUUUGAGCAUGUUUUUGACAAGCUCAAGGUUAAUCCAUCAAAGCACAAGGUGAUUAUGACAUUGCCGCACGCUUCUGGACCACAAGAAAAGGAGGAGCUUGUAGAGCUGUUGUUGGAUCACUUCCAAGUCGAGGCCUGUUAUCUUCAGGAGCAAGCUAUUCUAGCCAUGUACUCCUACAGCGCUAUUUCAGGGAUUGUUGUGGAUAUUGGCAAUCAUAUCGAUAUCUUUCCAGUUGUGGAAGGAUGUAUGAUCGAGGCAGGAACCACAAGACUGCCUUAUGGUGGAAGACAAAUCACAGACAGUUUUACAAGAAUGUUGACAGAAAAGGGCGUACGGUUUUUCUCAGAAGUGGAAUCUUACAUCUCACAGGCCAUCAAAGAAAAGGUAUCUUUUGUGGCAAGGCGAGGUUCUCAAGAAGAUGAUGAACCAGACGGUACAUUAGUCGUGGAUUUAGAAAAGUACUCCAUUCCAGAUGGAACCAGAAGUGUUACUGUGGAUACAGCGAGACACCGCUGUACUGAAGGACUGUUUAAACCGUCCGUCUGGGGCAAGGACAAUCCGGGCAUUCACGAACUGACUAUCAAAGCCAUCAUGGCUUGCAGUAUAGACAUACGCAAACAAAUGUGUCGAAAUAUCUACCUGAGUGGGGGAGGGUCCAUGUCGAAAGGCCUUGCUGAACGACUUCAAGAAGAAGUGAGUGAAUUAAUGCCCAUGACUUCUCAUGUGCAGGUUCACGCAGGACUUGAGCGCCAUCACGCCGCCUACAUCGGAGCCUCAGUAGUAGCCAGGCUUCCUCUGUUUGAAGAGCUAUGCGUCUUUAAAGAGGACUGGGACGAGGCUGGGCCGGACGCUUUAUUGAAGUGGUUGACACUGUAGCAGAAUAAACGUGAUCUAGUAAUUUUAGUUACAAUUAAAAAAAAAAAA